CCGUUAUGCCCCUCCUCGCAGCAACAGACUUCAUUGCAAAAUUUUCCAGAAGGGUAAUAAAUAGAGGGUUAAGAGAGGUGGGGAGUGACCAGGGUUCACAGAAGAGGGAACAGAGUGACAUUCCUGGGGUUGCGUAAACUCUCAGAGGCUGCCAAAGCGUGUGUGGAGCCUGGACGCCGGUAAGUGCCACUAUAUAGGAAAGAAGCCGAAGCCCUUCCCAGACCCUGCCGGGCUCGCAGAGGCUCCGAGGACCUAUCGACCAUGGUUCUUGCGCCUUUCCUGCUGCUGCUGCUGCUGCUGCCACUACUUAAUGUCUCUGCGACCACACCAGACCCCUGCGAGCUGGACGACGAGGAUAUCCGCUGCGUCUGCAACUUCACGGAUACGGAGCCCGACUGGUCCAGUGCCUUUCAGUGUGUGAGUGCCGUUGAGGUGGAGAUCCACGGUGGUGGCCGCAGCCUGAAACAAUUUAUAAAGUUCGCCGACACCGACCCGAAGCGGUAUAUUGACGUGGUCAAGGCUCUGCGUUUGCGGCGACUCACUGUGGGUGCUGCACAGGUGCCUGCUCUGCUCCUGGUCGCCUUCCUACGCGGGCUCGGGUACUCCCGCCUCAACCAACUCACGCUCGAGAACUUGGAAGUAACCGGCACCAUGCCGAUGCCGCCUCUGGAAGCCACUGGACCUGCGCUUUCCACCCUCAGUCUCCGUAAUGUGUCGUGGGCGACAGGGAGUGCCUGGCUCGCCGAGCUGCAGCAGUGGCUCAAGCCCGGCCUCAAAGUACUGAACAUUGCGCAAGCACACUCGCUCGCCUUUUCCUGCGCAGACCUCCGCACCUUCCACUCCCUCGCUACCCUAGACCUGUCUGACAAUCCUGGGCUGGGCGAGCACGGGCUGGCGGCGGUUCUCUGUAGGAACAAGUUCCCGGCCCUCCAGGAGCUAGCGCUACGCAACGCGGGGAUGGAGACUCCCAGCGGCGUGUGCGCGGCGCUGACUGCGGCGGGUGUGCAGCCACGCCGCUUAGACCUCAGCCACAACUCGCUGCGCCCCACGGCCACGGGCGCUCCCCGGUGCACCUGGCCGAGCGCAUUGAGCUCUCUCAACCUGUCAUCCGCCGGCUUGGAGCAGGUGCCUGAAGGACUGCCGGCCAAGCUCAGCAUGCUUGAUCUCAGCUGCAACAGGCUGAGCAGGGAGCCGCGGCCAGAUGAACUGCCUACGGUGAGUGAACUGACACUGGACGGGAAUCCCUUUCUGGACCAAGAAGACUCGAGGAACUCCGGUGUGAACACAGCCUGUGCAACUUCGACCCUGGCUACGGGGAUGUCAGGAACUCUGGUGCUGCUUCAAGGGGCCCGGAACUUGGUCUAAGUCCCAGGAGAGAAGAAUGGAUUGGCUCAGACUGCCCUGGCCCUGGAAGAGCUUCGUCAGGAGGUCUCAACCAACCACUCCUCUGCCCCAUCUUCAUUAAAAUAUUAAACAGUGGUCCUUGUCAUUCACUAAACAGAUGUUUGCUGGUUGCUAUUUGCUGGGCACAGUGCUGGAUGGGAAAUCCAUUAUACUGAGACUUUCUUUAUAUCAACUUCCCAGAAACCAUGCCUGCCUAAGUAAAGAAUUUCAGGGGCCGAAGUGUCAGGGAAAUGUUGCCUGUCUAGGGUUGUGUGGAAGAAAUAAGGAGUUUCUGUGCAAUCCAGGCUGAGUG